ACUGGGCUUUCCUGGAAGCUGUCUCGGGUACACCUUAUCAUCUUCCUCUAACACAUUUUAAAGAGACCUCUCUGCAUUUAGUUCUUUGCCCUCUUCUCUGCAGAUUCUCUCCUGCCCUCUUGUUCUCCUUUGAAGGUCUUUCAUCAAAUCGAGGUAGUUUUAUCUUUGCCAUCUCUUCUCAUUCUUUCAGAAUGUCUUCCACACCAUCCUCAUCUUCCUCCCCUCUUACGCCUCCCCAGCUCAAUGAGCUCAUUAAUGAAAUCCUCAACGCAAAUGCGGAUAAGGCAGGCUUUGAUCUUGGCCAAUUAGUCGCGCAAACUGAUGUUCUUGUUGCUCGUUACGAGGAUAAGCUGCUAAAAAAGAAUCCCAUGGUAGAGAAGUUGGGUGAGCUCCCCUCAAAUGUUGCAUCAGAUGCUUCUACUGUUGCAGAUCAGGUGUCAACAAAUGCGAAACAAAUUGCCAAUCAGAUAAAAGAAUAUUCUGGAAAUAAUCAUCAAACAAGCAUAGAAGUGUUGAAUGCUAUUGGAAAUAUUCAUUGGGCUGCAGUGGGUUUCUUAUUGGUGGGUGUAGGAUUAAAUAUUGCAGACACCAUCCAAAAUAACAGAGAGGAAUGUUUCAGACUUUUUAAGUCUGUGAUUGAUUUAUCCAAAGUAAUCCUCCAACUUAAGGAGCUUCCUAGCUUAAAGAUGGAGUUACAUUCUAAAUUGAACAAGUCUAUACACUUAAUAGUAAAAGGAUUUAUCUUAUGUUGUUCCCAGAUGAAAAGAAAAGGAUUUAAAAGGGUGUUGAAAGCUUCAUCAGAUAAACAAAAGCUUCAACAACUUCACAGGGAUAUAGAUGAGAUGCGCAUGGAGCUUCUUUUACAAAUAGGCACAUCUACUUUAAAAGGCAUGCAAAUCUUAGUCAAUCCUCCACCACCCGCUCUCACCCUCAACCGCGAUACAGUUGGAAUAGAAGAAAAAAUUGAAGAAGUCAUUCAAUGCCUCGAUUGGGAAAAUGAUAUUGCAACAACAGCAGUUCUUGUAUAUGGUAUUGGAGGGGCUGGCAAGACCACCUUGGCUGAUGCAGUUUAUGCCUCUUUAAAAGACAAACUUCAAGGGUGGAAACAUUCUAAAAUUAUUCUCAUUGAAAACCUAGAAAAAGAUCCCAAAGUAGAGGAUCUCCAAUCCUUAAUUUUGCAAGAUUUAACUGCCACCAAACACACUGUUAGAGAUUUUCAAAGUGGACGCCAAAGCCUAAAAGACCUUAUAGAGAAAGAACCUGUUUUCCUAUAUGUUGAUAAUGCUUUGUAUUUAGAACCACUAGAAAAGCUUCUACCUAAGGAUGUCAGCAGUGCAAAGAAAUUUAGAUUGCUUAUAACAGCUAGAGAAAUGAAUGCCUCAGGAGUAAUUGAAGAUUGUGGAAUUGAACCCUGUAAGCUCUAUGACAUUGGAUCUCUUUCUAUUGAUGCAGCCCUUAAAGUCUUAUGUAGAAAAAUCAAUAGAAAAAGAGAAGAGGAGUCCAUAUUACAAGAAAGACCUCAAGCUAGGGAGAUAGUGAAGAAAUGUGUAUGUUCUCCUCUAUAUUUGGAAGUUAUUGGAGCUUAUAUUCAUCAACGAAAGAACAACAUUGAAGCUUAUGAACGAGUACUUGAUUCACUUCAAUCUGGUGAUGAUUUUAGUGGCAAUGAGAACUACAAACUUGAUGAUUCAAAGCUUCUAUUUUCCUACGAGAGACUUAAUCCAAGUGCUAAGGAGGCAUUUCUUGAUAUAUGCUCAUUCUUCUCUGGUUGGUCAUGGAAGAAUGUUGCAUGGACUGUGGGAGAGGAGGAAAUAGAAUGCUUGCAAGAUGGAGCUCUCAUCAAAAGAGAAGAUGGAAGGAUAAGAAUUCAUGAUCUUAUUCUAGCUGCUGGUCGAAAUAAAUCAAAGCACGUCCGAAUCAAAUGUGUAGAAGAUUUUUCUCUAGUCUUGAAAAAUGAAGAGCUUAUUCCCCAAGUAAAAGGUGUUUGGAUUGAAGACAUGGAGAAUCCCUUCGUUAUAUCAGCAGAAGAGUUGGAUGCCAUGAGCCGCUCUUUGCGAGUGUUUUAUUUGGGAAAGAAGGCAAACAAUUUGAUAAGAAUGAAAGGGAAGUGCAGCGGACAAUUUUCUGAUCUAAGGUUUCUUCAUGUGCAACGUGGAGUGUCCAAUCUCCCAAUCAAUAUAUUCAACCUCAACCAUUUGAGAUACCUUUCAAUAAAUGAUUUGAAGGAGAAUAUUAUUUUGAGUCCGUCUAUGAAUCUUCCAAAAUUAAACGUGCUCAAAUUUGUCACGUGGAAUCGUAGCCGAAUAGAUGGAAUUGCUGAAAUUGCGCAUCUUCGUUCAUUAAAGCAGCUGGAUUUGAGCGGAUGCAACACUGAUGGAAUUUCGCAAUGUUUUUCAAAUUUACACAAUCUGCUAUGGUUAAAACUGGACAGGUGUGACGACCUGACAGAAUUGGCCGACUCUCUUGUCAAGCUCCGAUCUUUACAGGAGUUGAGCUUGGAGCAGUGUACAAAUCUGAAGCAGUUGCCAGCUGAAUUUCGGGAGUUGGCCAGUCUUACCAAACUUGACCUGUCAUGCUGCUCGAGUUUGCACGAAUUGCCGGAGUCUCUUGUCAAGCUCCGAUCUUUACAGGAGUUGAAUUUGUCGUGUUGUGGAAAUCUGAAGCAGUUGCCAGCUGGGUUCGGGGAGUUGGUCAGUCUUACUAAGCUUGACCUGUCCAAUUGUCGGAGUUUGCAAGAGCUCCCGUGUGAUUUGGAAAAGCUUCCCUCAUUACGGUCAUUGAAAAUACACUCCUGUUCCAGUCUGCAUUGCCUCCCGUCUGGGUUGGGAAACGUGUGGGGCUCCAAUAUAUUUUUUGACGGAUGUUCAAGUUUAAGUGAACUACCAGAAGAAAUUUGCAAAAAUACAAAGGUCACAUAUAUUUCUUUAACGUGGUGUUCUAGUCUGGAAAAGCUUCCCAGCAGGUUCGGUGAGCUCACUUGCCUGCAAGAUUUAUGGUUAUACAAAUGUGAAAGGUUGCAGGAGCUGUGUAACGAUUUUCAUUGCCUGGUAGGAUUGAAAACAUUAAAUCUGCAAUAUUGCAAAAACUUGUCAAGCUUGCCUUUAGGUUUUGGGAGACUUAGUUCUCUAGAAAGCUUAAAUUUAUCAGGAUGUGAUAAACUGGAGGAAUUGUGCAGUGACUUCCAUUGCCUUGUAGCACUAAAAAAGCUAUAUCUGUCCAGGUGUGAGAGUUUAUGCAAUCUUCCAGACCAUUUUGGUAAGCUUGGCUGCUUGGAAAGCUUAGAUCUAACAGGAUGCUCUAAUCUAGUAAAGCUUUCGGAUGAUUUUCAUCUUCUCCGAUCUUUAACAAGGUUGGACCUUUCCAAAUGUGAGAAUCUGGGUGGUGAAUGGAUGGAUAGUGUUGGGAAGCUCGGGAGCUUAUGGCGCCUUGAUAUUGUACGCAGUGGAAGAUUGAUACAGCGGUGGAUGGAAACGAAAAGUCAAAAGGAAAGGAACCUAGUGGUGGUAACAGACUUCCCUCAGGGUGGAAAAGGUUGGAGGACUUUGUUGCUGGAAGGGGUUUUAUCAAAGGUAUUUGAUGAAGAAGGGCUUCUGCUUGACGCUCAUCAGGGACCCUUCCAUUCAUCCUCAGUUCAACCACAAACUCCACUUAUCUUUAUCAUCGAUAAGCAGGGAGAAGUAGAAAACAAGAUGAAGCAGUGGGGGAUACUAGGAAAGAACCUGAAACAGCUGGAACUUAAUUCAAAAGCGUCGAGUAUCAUAUACGUCGGGCCGUAUUUCAGUACAUUAAAUACAUCUGAGUUAGCUGCCCGAAUGCUGGCCUACACACCUCAGAGCCCCCAAACUUCCUCUUUCUGUAGAAAAUUAUAUGCUGUUUUUAACACUGGAAGCAUUGCAGUUUUUCGUAGUACUGGUGGUUUAGAAGAAAAUGGUAUAAAAUGCUUUUCAGCGUGGGAAGACAUAUCUUACGUAUUGGAUAGAGUGGCCUUUCUCACAGAAACUCACCGAGAGAGCAAUAUUGAAUUGCUGACAGAAUUGAUGGUAAACGGAAAACAAGAUUAUCUGUUGCUCAAUGAAAAUCGUCAGGUAAAGAUUGCAGAUCUACAAGGAAAAUUGACAUUACUGCUCAUCACAUCUCUGGAUGAAAAUCAAGCGUGCCUCUCAGCCGUGAAAGAAGUGUAUGUAAAGAUGCAAGAGAGCCAUAACUGUGUGGUCGAAGUUGUUUGGAUUCCAUCAAUAAACGGCGGAGACACAUGGGAGGAGUUUGUGAGAGCGGUUGAUAAUGCUCCUUGGCCAGUGGUACCAAAUCCCUGGUGGAUAAAGAAGGGAAUACAUUCUUUUAUUGGGAAUUCGCAGCGAAUACCAUGCCUUUGUGUGGUGGACGAGAAGGGGAAGAUUUCAAACAAAGAUGCCAUGCCAAUGAUAGAAAGGUGGGGGGUGGACGCGUAUCCAUUUUCUCAUGCUCGUGAAGAAGAACUGAAGAAUGCAGAGUGGGAGGAACUCAAAUUCAGUUGUUUAUCCUCUUUUCAAUUCGUCUUUCAAAAUUUGCCAACUCUCUCAAACAAGGCGAAGGAGAUGAUGGAUCGUGGAGUAAUGAUGUUGUUCUGCGUGGGUUUAGCUGAAAAUAUGAUGGAGCUCGCCUCUGAUUUGAAUUGUGCUCUGACAAAAUUGGAAAUGGAUUUCCAGGUCUUUUAUGUUGCUUGCAGGGACAGUGCAGAAGAUUAUGAUAUGGCUUGUGAAAAGCUAAAAGAAAAUGAGUCCGAGAAGUGUAGCAUAGCAACCCUCUCCUUCUCUGAUCUAUACAAAUUUUGGCGGCGUGUUAAGCAUUUGCAAAAGGACUUAAAUGGAAUGGGAGCAGAUGAAAGGAUAGUGAAGGUGAGAAGAAUGGUAUUGGGUCUUGCUAGUGCAAAGGAGGAGAGAUGGAGAUAUGAAAGUGGGAUAAGCAUAGUGGUGGUGGAUGGAAAUGGUGAGAUGGUAAGCCUGAGGGGAAUGGAAGUGGUAGAACUGCUCUGUCAUGGUGAAGAAGAUAGCAAGAAAAAAUUGGUGGAGGACAUAAAAAAUGUAGUAGUUGAGAAAAGUGUGGAGAGCAGAUGGAGAGAUGGAAUCAUUCAUCCCAAACAUUAUCCCCAACAUCCUCUCCUCCUACUACGUUACUCUGAUCGUAUAUGCAGUUUAUGCGGUAAGGAACGGUACUCGAAAUAUCAAUGCAAUGUAUGCGAAAAUUUUGUAAUAUGUAAUGAGUGCGAUUAAUGCAGGGUAUAGUCUAGGAGUGAAAGCCAAUAGUGAUAACAAAUUCAAGUAGUCUGUGUAUAAAUGAGAGCAAUGAUGUCUUUCAUUUAUCUUUACAUAUUCUAUAAGGGUAUGAAAUUAUCAUUGAUCA